UUGAUUUACGUCACUUUACGUUUACGAAAUAGGUUAUGGCCAGUUUGCAUGUGUUUGUAUACCAUAACAUCUUGUGAAGUUCUUAUAUUAAUAAGUGAUGAAGACAAUCGAUAGAUCGAUACCGUUGCUCUGGAAUAAAAAUAUAUGAACAAACAUGUUGUACGAUGACUUUAAACCUAUAGUGGACAUCGUCUUUAAUAACUGGACCGCCCUUCAGCUAGCGGUAGAACAUGGAAUGGGUGCCCCGGGCGGUGAAAAAACAGCACAACUCAUGUCUGUUUACGUUGCAAGGUACUGUGUGGAAAAUGUAUCUGACAGAGAAGAAUUAACUGAAGUUCUAGAGGAUUUGAUGGAUGAAGAGUUUGAGACUGUGUGCCAUGACAAUUCACCUAAAGAAGUUGCAUCUUUACUUCUUUUCUACCUUGGCCUGCUCAAAGAGGGCAGACAUGAAGAGCUGAGAAAUAUAAUAGAAGCAAUGCCUCAAAGUCAAAAAUGGCUCAGUCAACCAAUUCAUGACUCUAUACCACCUCAAUGUCAUGGAAACCCAGAUGAUGACACGACAAGUAGCAGUUCGGACAAUAGUGACAGUGAAGGAAUCAGUGAAGCAGCCGCUAGUUCGACGGUAAAAGAUAACUCUGAACCUAUGGAUGAAGAUACUGAUGCAGGAUGGACAGUUGUAACGACACGCAGGCGAAAAUAAUAUAAUUCUGCACUCAUAUCUUAAUAUUGAUGUUUUUACUAUUAUUAAGUGACUCAUAUUCAUGUAGCAUGUGAGUGUCACUCAUUUUCGACCUAGACGGUACACCAACAUUUUACCUACAGAUGCAUUGGUUAAUCAAGUACUCCCACUAUAUAAUAUUACAUAUUAGUGACAAUGAUACAGAGGUAUGCGUUUAAUCAGUGUUAUAGAGUAAUGCAUUUAAUCAAAUUUCCAGGAAGGUUCUCUUGUUUUAAAUGAGCGUUGAAGAAUCUUUAACGCAGAUUUGGCAAUUAAUUGUUGUUUGCUAAAAUGAAAAUUAAUUCGAAAUGUGAGGUCCUUAGUUAGAAAGUUAAAUUAUAUGACAUUAUGGAUUUCGAAUACUCACAUUUAUUAGAUGCACAAUAGUAUAGUUUUUAACUGUACGGGUGAUGUGAAUGUCUUGUUCAAACACAAAAUUGACAUUGGUGUUAAAGAUAUAUAUUAAUAGCAAAGAUUUUUAAGGUAGAUAACUUUACAAACAAAAGAAAAUGAUGUCAAAGUAUUUUGAUGUCAUAUCUACACUUUGAAUCUAUGGCUAAUUGUUUUAAAUUAUCUCAUCUUAACAUUUACAAGUGCAGCUACAAAUUUCCUAUUGAUUUUUUAUUCACCAAAUGCAUUAAUUCACAUGUAUAUUAAACAAUCAAUUUAAACGGGUCAACAUUGCUCUUCAAUCAAAACCAUUUUUCUGACAUAAAAAACAAGAAAACUAGAUGCAAUGUAAUGAAACUGUAAUUCACAUAAUAAAAGUAUUGUCGAUUUUUCUACAACAUUCUCUUAUAGAAAAUGAUUGAUUGUUUUAAGUAAUUUCUCUUGCAAUAACAACUGCACCAUUUUUUGAAGCGUCUAUCUUUAAUAAUCCUGUUAUUUAUUUUUAAGAGACUUCAAAAAAGGGAAAGAUAAGCAUAUUUUGUGUACAUAAAAUUAAUUUACCAACAUAUCAAGAGUAGAAAUAGUAUUGUAACAUUUUAUAUGCAAUAUCUAAUUUUUACUUAACUUUUUUGUAUAGUGAUAAUGUAAUAUGUACAUCAACAAAAUUAAAAUCAAACUGAAUUAAGACUGGACUUCCAGUGGUUAGCAGGAUAGGAUCAUGAAGCCACAAGGCCAAAAAAAAUUAGGUUUUCAGUUUAAAAAUUCUCAGUACUACAUAAUAAUAUCAAGAGACUCAGAGAGCACUUAACAUCAUCGGUGGAACGUAGAUCUUACCGCUAACAAGUGAUAAAAUUGUUUAGCCCCCAAACGAUCGUAGAAGUAGCAUUGUGGUGUAAGCUUUUGACUCACCAGGCUGAGGACGAUAAAUUUUAAAUA